AACCCCGGGUCUCUCACUUGGACUCAACCCUAGCUUUCCUCUUCUUCGGCCUUCCCACCUCUCCUCCGCCGCGACGCCUCACGCCGCUUCUCCUCUCCCACCGCCGGCGAAUUCGCCUCCACGAAGCAGCCGACGAUGGAGGUGGACGGCGAAGCCCGCCCGUUCCUCGUCUUCUCCAAGCCCAAGUCCAACCGCAGGGCCGAGCCUCAGGCCCAAGUCCAGGCCCAGCCGAAACCCGCCAGGCCCGACCCCGCUCCCGCUCCCGCCGCCGAGACCGACUCCAGCUCCGGCUCCGACUCAGACUCCGAGCCGACGCCGACCGAGAACGGCGAACCCUGCCAAGCCGAUGCGGCAGCGCCCGCCUCCUUCGCGGACCUCGGCCUGUCCGAGUGGCUGGUCGACGUGUGCAGCUCCCUGGGCAUGCGCCGCCCGACGGACGUGCAGCGGCGGUGCAUCCCGCGCGCUCUGGCCGGCGAGAACGUGCUCGGCAUCGCCGAGACCGGCAGCGGCAAGACGGCCGCGUUCGCGCUCCCCAUCCUGCACCGCCUCGGCGAGGACCCCUUCGGCGUCGCCGCGCUCGUCGUCACGCCCACGCGGGAGCUCGCCGCGCAGCUCGCCGAGCAGUUCCGGGCCCUCGGCUCUCCGCUCGGGCUCAGGUGCCUCGCGGCCAUUGGAGGGUUCGACUCGCUCGCGCAGGCCAAGGGCCUCUCGCGCCGCCCACAUGUUGUCGUGGCAACACCCGGCCGCAUCGCCACGCUCAUCAACAACGACCCCGACCUCGCCAAAGUUUUCGCCCGCACCAAGUUUCUGGUGUUGGAUGAGGCAGAUAGAGUUAUAGAUUCCAAUUUUGAGGAGGACCUGAAGGUGAUAUUUGAUUGUUUACCAAAGAAGCGGCAAACAUUUUUGUUUUCUGCAACAAUGUCAGAAAAUCUGCGGUCUUUGCUUGAGCUUUCGGGCGACAACUCAUACUUCUUUGAGGCAUAUGAAGGGUUCAAGACUGUUGAAACCCUAAAGCAGAAGUAUAUUCAUAUACCUCCUGAUGGAAAAGAGCUCCAUCUCAUGUAUCUCCUGUCAAAAAUGAAGGAAGACAAUAUACGUUCGGCCAUCGUAUUUGUUUCAACUUGCAGGACAUGCCAAUAUUUGGACUUUCUGUUGGAAGAGCUUGGUCGAUCUGCUGUUUCAUUGCACUCUCAUAAGGCUCAAUCACGAAGACUUUCAGCAUUGCAUCGUUUUAAAUCUGGUCAGGUGCCUGUUUUGAUCGCAACUGAUGUGGCCAGCCGUGGGUUGGAUAUCCAAACUGUUGAUCUUGUUAUCAACUAUGACAUUCCAAGGUUUCCGAGGGAUUAUAUCCAUAGGGUGGGACGAACUGCAAGAGCUACUAGGGGAGGGCUUUCUAUAAGCUUUGUGACCCAGAGGGAUAUAUGCCUCUUACAUGAGGUAGAAGAUGAUGUGGGGAAGCGAUUUGAUGCAUACGAGUGCGAUGACAAAGAAGUCACCAAAGAUAUUACAAAGGUAUUCAAAGCGAGGCGCCUUGCCAAUAUGAGGAUGGCAGAUGAGGGCCAUGAGGACAAGGUUCAAGACAGAAAAGACCAGAAGAAGAGAGAUCAAGCAAGAAAGCGCAAACAUGAAGAAUGAACGACCCAACUAUUACAGGUGGUUGUUGUGCCUCUGUGCCUACUUUACAGCCGGGCAACCAAUUUUGUCUUGCACGCUGACCGCGGCUAAUAGAUUCUUCUCUUUAGCUAUCCGAGAAAGAGAAUAGCAGAAUUUUGUAGCUAUGCAUGUAAAUCACCGAGUAUAUGCAAACCAGUCAAAUGAGAAUUGAGCUAAAUUCGGACCUUCUCGAUUGUAUCAAACUGUUUGCUAAUUCUUUGAAAUGUUUGCUCCCACAAA